UUUUCUACCUGGGUUACUGAGAUGCAUCAGGACAGUUGUAAAUAUAUUUACCGGUAAGUAGUUUUGAAAUGUAUAAAUGUUACAAAAACUACAAUUCGUAGCAAGCGUCUCCUGAAUGAGCUGAACUUUGUGCUGUUUCAGCGGAUUUAUAAAUAGCUAAAAUAUCACAAAGUCUGCAGAUGUAACUUGAUGCCAAUAAAAAUAAAAGCAGUAAAACAAGAGUCUGACUCAGCAGUCAGACAGUUAACCUUUAGGAUUUAGAUGAAGUGAAAUUUUAAUAACUUCUGAACCUGUUGUUGAUUCUAGAGUUCAGAAAUGUCUGCUGGUCUGUGGUGUGAGGAUCAGUUCCUGUGCUCCAUCUGUCUGGACCUGUUCACGGAUCCGGUCACCCCACCAUGUGGACACAACUUCUGUAAAACUUGCAUCACCCAAUACUGGGAUGGUAAUGAUUUAUACAACUGUCCUCUGUGUAAAGAACGGUUCUCCUCCAGGCCUCAGCUCAGAGUCAACACCUUCAUUCAAGAGAUGGUUGCCCAGUUCAGGCAUGAAGCUCAACAAGCUGCAGAGCCAGGAGAAGUUCCCUGUGAUGUCUGCACUGGAACCAAACUAAAGGCCAUGAAGUCCUGCAUGGUGUGUCUGGCCUCCUACUGUCAGACUCACCUGAAGCCUCAUCUGACAGCGUCACAUCUAAAAAGGCACCAGCUGCUGGAUCCCAUAGUGAACCUGGAGGACAGGAUAUGUUUGAAGCACGAUAAACCUCUGGAGCUGUUCUGUAAGACCGACCAGACCUGUGUCUGUUCGCUGUGCCCAGUUCUGGACCACAAGACUCAUGAGUUUGGUCCUCUGAGAGAAGAAUGUGAAGGAAAGAAGGCAGAGCUGAGGAAGACAGAGGCUGAAGUUCAGCAGAUGAUCCAGAACAGAUGGCUGAAGAUCCAGGAAAUCAAAGAGUCGCUGAAGAUCAGUAAAGCUGCUGCAGACAGAGUAAAAGCAGAAGGUCUUCGGGUCUUCACUGAUCUGAUGGACUCUGUUGAGAGGAGCAAGAAGAGCUUCAUGAAGGAGGUGGAAGACAAACAGAAAACUACAGAGAAACAGGCUGAAGACUUCAUCAAAGACCUGGAACAGGAGAUCUCUGAGCUGAUGAAGAGGAGCUCUGAGGUGAAGCAGCUCUCACGCUCUGAAGACCACCUCCACCUCCUCCAGAGCUUCAGAUCCCUGAAACCUGUUCCACCCACCAAGAACUGGACCAUGGUCCAAGUUGAUCCUCCAUCAUAUGAGGGGACUGUGGUGAGAGCUGUGGCUCAGCUGCAACAGGACCUCAGGAAGAAAAUGAAAAUGAUGUUUGAGUCUGAGCUAAAGAGGGUCCAGAGGUUUGAGGUGGAUCUGACUCUGGAUCCUGAAACUGCUCAUCCUACACUCAUCUUGUCUGAUGAUGGAAAACAAGUUCACUGUGGUGAUGUGUGGAAGAAGCUUCCAGACAACCCAGAGAGAUUUACCAAAUGUGUUUCUGUUUUAGGGACUCGGAGUUUCUCUUCAGGCAAAUUUUAUUUUCAAGUUCAGGUUAAAGGAAAAACUAGGUGGGAGUUAGGAGUGGCCAGAAAGUCCAUCAAGCGGAAACAAAAUUUCAUACCGAGUCCUGGGGAUGGUUUCUGGACCAUUUGGUUAAGAAAUAAAAACAAAUACACAGCUUUUGAUGAUCCUCCAGUCUGUCUCAGUCCUCAGUCUGGUCCUGGGAAGGUGGGGGUGUUUGUAGAUUAUCAGGGGGGUCUGGUCUCCUUUUAUGAUGUUGAUGCUGCAGUUCUGAUCUACUCUUUUACUGGCUGCUGCUUCACUGAAGAACUCUACCUGUACUUCAGUCCUGGUCAUAAUGACAGAGGUAAAAACUCACGUCCUCUGAUCAUUUGUCCUGUCAAUGAAUCAUCCAAAUGUAUCCUUUCAUGAAGCUUCAUUAACAAGUUUGAAGAAACAAGUCAACAGUUCAGUUCAGAGCUGGAUUUAUUUCUUUUCUCCACAUUUAUUCAUUUAUUUUUUUUAUUUAAAACACAUAAUUUCAUCAAAUUCUUUUUAUUUUCAGUUUUCUCUCAAACGUUCACCUUCCAAUUUAAAAUCAAACUGGAGACCAAAUAGUUUUUUUGACACUUGAGUUUUACAGUCGUUCUGGUUCAGAAGUUUGUGUUUUUUCUGAUUACAGCUGUAAAUUUGAAGUCUGAUAAUUAUUGAAUUUAAAAAAUAAAAACACAAACUGUU